AUGUACCAUUCAGAUCUAUUCCAGCAAUAUGGACCAUCCUAUGCGGUGAGACCACCCCAUGCCCUGCCACCAACUUACCCUGCUACCAGCGGCCACCAUGAACACUACAGAUACCCAGAACUUGAGGUCCCCCCCGGUCAGCGAUACGAUGGCCUCUUUACAGCGCUGGAUACUUCCCAAAGGAUCCUGGGAGCGGCACCGCUCACACCCCUCUCCCUGCCCCCGGGUCCAGCUUUGGGGUUUGGUCAACCCCAGUCCCCCUGUGAGGCGCCCCAACUUCCUGGGAAUGUGAAGAUGACCCUGGAAAACCGAGAUCUCUGGAAACAGUUCCACGCCAUCGGAACCGAGAUGAUUAUUACAAAGUCCGGAAGGAGAAUGUUUCCUCAGUGUAAGGUCAGCAUCACCGGCCUUGAGCCAGACGGUAAAUAUGUCCUCCUCGCUGACAUAGUCCCGGUGGACAACUCCCGAUACAAGUGGCAGGAAGAUCACUGGGAGCCGAGCGGAAGAGCAGAGCCGAGGUUACCCGAGAGAGUCUAUAUACACCCCGAUUCUCCAGCGCCCGGGUCCCACUGGAUGAAGCAGCCCAUCUCCUUCCACAAGAUCAAGCUGACCAACAAUACACUGGACCAGAUGGGUCAUAUUAUCCUGCACUCCAUGCACCGCUAUCAGCCCCGCUUCCAUAUUGUCCGAGCCCAGGAUGUCUUCAGCCGCCGGUGGGGUGGGUGCUCUUCCUUCACCUUCCCAGAGACCUUGUUCCUGACGGUCACAGCAUACCAGAAUGAGAAGAUAACGCAGUUAAAGAUUCAGACAAACCCGUUUGCAAAAGGUUUCCGGGAGAAUGGACUUAAGAAUAAGAGGGAUCGGUCGGUUCGAGUGAAGCGGAAACUGCCGAGUGCAGAGCAGGAGGAGGAGGAGGGGCCGUAUCCGCCAGCCGAGUGUAAGAGGCCACUGUAUUCGGGACCCUGUGACUCCACCCUGGAUAUCGGAGGGGGUCUCGCUCUGCCGCUCCCCAGUCCGGACUGUUCUUUUCACCCCAUUACCCCGCCAAAUCCAACCUCUCCAUCGACCGAGGCAAAUGACCCCUCCCCCCUCCCGAUCACAGCCAAUCAGGAGCAAGCAGCGAACCUAGAGAUGAGCGGCCAGACUACUGACAACUUCCUGCGGCCAGAGAGUCAGGCCUACCCCGAGAUACCCGCCGGCCAAGAUGGCAGCAUGUACACAGGCCAAACGGAACCAUCGUCAGCGGGGGUCAGCCGCCCACCCAACCUCCAGCGCUUCCCCGCCACGUUCCAAGCAGCUCAGGAGCCGCCUCAUCUCUACAGCAGCCAAUCAGAGUACAGGCUUUAUAGGCAGGACAUGACCUGCAUCGGGGAUUAUGGCCCCUCCUCCUGCGCCAUCCCCCCUCCAGGCCGAGAAGAGGAGGGGGGCAUCAGAGGUUACCCAAAGAACUCUGACCUCCGAUUCCAGCAUUUCCUCCCCAAUUCGGGGACUAAGCCAGGAUUGCAGUUCUCCGGUCCGCAGAUUCAGCGCCUGUAUUCCGGGGGAGGAUGGAUGUGAUCGCUCUGUAUGAGCCUACAUGUGACCUCCGACCUGUGCGUACAGGCGGGGUUAUCGGACAUUAUGGGAAAGACAAUUGCUGAUCCCAUGUACUUCACCCCAAGUGCGGCCUAGCUUUGGGGGUCAGACAUGUUCUUAUUUCUGACUCUACAGGAUACAUGUAAGAAGAGGCUUUACUUAUUUUCUACUGAUCCUGAAUAACAUCAGGUCUUCUACUCCAGUCACAUCCAGAGCUGCAUUCACAAAUCAGAACAUUUCCUAUUAGCUUUCAUCUCUCUGCUGGUUAAACGUAUGUACAAAUUAAUCUCUACAGUGGUGCAUGAUGGGUCACAGCUACUCUCUGUUAAAUAAGCAGUGGGCAGAAUUCUGAAGGCAGCUUUGGAUGUGACUGGAGUAUAAAACACCAAGUUAGAUGUAGAUUUAACCGGUAAACCAUUGUACAGAUUAUAUUUUUGUAAUGGAGAUGUCACACCCUAUCACUGCUGUUCUAUGGAGAGCCUUCUGCCCCUAUAGUGCACAGCUUAUAUCAGCGCUGGAGCGUUAUAAGAGGAGCGGCUGAUAUCAGUCACAUAUGGAGAGACGUGAUCAUGGGGGGCAGGGGGCGA